GCACCGCGUCCUCAAAAAUAAAUCUGAUUGGUUUAAAGGUUCUUCAAACCACAAGGCGGAAGGAUUUGCAGAAAUAGCAAAAUGACAACAGAGGUCGAGUUUCUUAGAGACCAAGUGAACCGGUUAAACUCCUUCCUGGGUCGAUAUCAGGAUGAGUUUCCUCCUCCUUCCUCAGUGUCACAGGCUGAAGAUGUCGUUCUGGAGUCUGCAGCCCCCUGGCUGUCAGAUAGAGGUCUAAUGGCUCCUCUAAUAGAAGAGUACGACAGACAUAUACAACAGAUGGAGAUGCAGCUAAAGUUCUAUCAGAGGCAGAUGACAGACGUCAAAGCCAGUCUGGAGCAGGUGGUAAAAGAGAACGAGAGGCUUCAUGCAGAGCAGAGAAUAUCUAUUGAGAAGCAGCUGCAGUCUUUCUCCACUGGAGCAGAAGGAAGUGCGGCAGCUGACACAAUCGCCAUCAGCAACCUGGAGGAACAGGUCAAGUGCGCCGUGGAGGAAAAAGAACAGGCACUGAAGAUGUGUCAUGCGGCUGCGCAGGAGUUAGAUCGACUGCAGAAUGAAUACCAGAGCACUGUGAGUGACAGACAGAUAUACGCAGUUGAACGACAACACAUUCAGAAUCAGCUGGCACAGGUUCAACAACACGCUCAAAAACUCCAGCUGACCAAUCAGAAGGUGGAAUCGACAAACCAGCAGUUCCUGAAGACAGUGGCGGAACAGAGCAGCGAACUAGAAGAAUUACGUAGCCAACUCAGACAAGCCAAGCUUGAGCAGAGAUCAGCCGCAGCUAAAGUAGAAGAGAUGACCAAACUCCUCCAGAACGUCCAGGAUCAAAUGCAGAGAACGGAAGAAGACGCAGCGGAAGCUCAGGGCAGAGAAGAAUCAUCUGACCGAAGACUACAGCAAAUGCAGACUGCACUGACACAGCUGGAGGCCAGGCUUAAAGCUGCGACACAGGAUUCUGAGUCAGUACGCAGGAAACAGACCGAGUGGGAGAGGCAGGUGGGAGAACUGCAGGGUCGCUGUGCUUCUCUAGAGGAGGAGAAAUUUGAAGCACUCAGCCGCCUCAGGAGCUCCAUCCAGUUAGCCGAGGAGGCCUCGCUUCAGAAAGAGCAGGCUCAGCUCAGAGAAAAGCAGAGAGCAGAAGAACUGGAAAUGAAGAACGCCAUGAAACAGCUCGUACAGGACGCUGUUGUGCGCACUAGGAAAGAGGUGGAUAAUGUCCGUAAGCAGUGCAAUGUUCAGAUUCAACACAUGGCUGAGGAGCUGUCUGGCUUGCAAUUGGAAUGUGCCGAUAAAGAGAUGCAGAUUGAACGAGCCCAUCGGGAGAGAAAAGCCGUUGAGGAGGAGUUGGAAAAAUUGUAUAAAGAGGGCCGUGUUGGAGAGCCUGAGCUGAGGAAGAUGGAGGCUCUUCACCAGAGAUGUCUGAAUAGCGAACGAUUGAAGGAUGAAGCGCAACUCACGCUCAACAGCACGAUAAACAAGAUGAAGAAGAUGGAGAUGGAGUAUUCGGAGGAGCUGUCGCGCUGUCAGGAGGAGGUGCGGAGGCUGCAGUCGGCCCUGACCAGCGUGAGACAGGAGAGCACGUCCAUCAGCGAGGAGAGAGUCACACUGCAGCAGGAGAACCAGAACCUUCUCAGAGACAUGGAGACGCUGCGGAAAGAGUGCUCGCAGGCUCAGAGACGUGCCAAACAACAGGUAUCAUCGAUGCAACAGGAGCUGUGCGUGAAGGAGCUGGGUUUAGAGUCCAGGCUACGGGAGAUGGAGGAGAGCAGUAAAAACUCCAGCGCCGGUUUGAGCAGACUGCUCCUCGCUCAACAGAAAACCAUCAGCCGGUAUAAAGAUGAGGUCAAGCAGCACACGGAGGCAUUCCAGCAGAAGCUGAGCAGCCUAAGGUCAGAGUUAAACAGACAGAAGCAGCGUGCUCAGGAACUGGAGAUCCAGCUGGAAGCCGACCAUCAGAAGAUAUUGGAGUACGAGAGGCAGGUUUCAGAGCACCAGGAGAAAAACACACGUCUACAAAGGCGUCUCACACAGGCGGAGCAACGGGCAGCCAGCGCAUCACAGCAGCUGAGUGUGAUGUCACAGCGGAGAAAAGCGGUGUCCAUGAUGGAUCUUGAUACUUUGUCAUAGACCAAAACCACAUCUUUGUCGUCUUACUAGUGACAUAAAGAACAAGCUGUCUGAUAAGCUGUUUGUUAUCUGAUGGUUAUACUUCAAGAUUCUGUGAGGUUUCCAUUUUGUUCAUUGUCAGACUCAUGAGUUUGUUACUUUAAAUGAUUUUUCAUGAAUUUAUAGAAGAGUUGUAUUGUUGCUCUGAAGACUUUUGAUGAGAUCACCACCAGCCAUCAAUAAAAAAUGAUUGUGUAA